CUGGUUCUCUUGUGCUAGGCAGUUGGGUUUUCAAAGUGGAAAUUUGUGGGUUUUUGAGGAAAUCAGUUGCUCCUUCUUCUUCGACACCACUGCCACCAUGAACCAACCAAGCCAAAACGAUGCUUCCAGUCUUCGGGCACAGACAUCCGACGCUGGAGACAACAACUCUCAUGCCAGUGCUGCCAAUUUUCCUCCUGCUAAUGCUCCCAAUCCUGCAAAUUCUGCUCUGAUUCCAAAUUCCAGUAACAACAAUCUUAAUCCCAAUAAUACCUUUGGCAUCAACAAUGUUGCUAACAUGACCAAUAACAUCACCACAAACCAGCCUAAUAUACCUUCAAAUCAUACUACUAUCAACAGCAGCUCCAAUAUAAUGAACAACUCGAACAACCCCAAUCCCUUAAUAAAUCAUGUCAACCCUAAUCCUUCAAUACCGCCUAUUCUUUUAAACCAUUCUCUAGAUUCUGCUUCAAAGAUCAGCCCAAUAAAUAUGAUGAACGUCGCAACUGCUUCAAUUACAAAUCCAAACCUAACCAACAACUCUUCAAAUCUAAAUAUAUCAAAUCUUAAGGCCUAUGCUGAAAAUUUAUAUCAAAUUCAACCUCAAAUUUUGAAUAAAAUACAUAACAAUAAUAAUACUAACAAUAACAAUAAAAAUAACAAUAACAAUAAUAACAACAAUAAUAGAAUGGACCAAAUGAACCAAAUCAAUCAGAUGAACCAAAUCAACCAGAUAAGCCAUAUUAACCAAAUAAACCAAAUAAACCAAAUGAACCAAAUCAAUCAAAUGAACCAAUUUAACCAAAUGAACAAAGCGAACCAACUAAACCAAGCGAACCAAAUAAGCCAGUUCAGUCCAUUUAAUCAAAUAAACCAAAUGAACCAAAUGAACCAAAUGAACCAAAUGAACCAAAUGAACCAAAUGAACCAAAUGAACCAAAUGAACCAAUUUGGCCAAUUUGGCCAAUUUAAUCAAAUAAACCAUAUAAAUAAUCUAUCCCACUUGAAUAAUUCUCAGAAAUUUCACCUAAUUCAACACCAAAAUCAACUUCAUCAAAAUAAAUUAAUUCAAAAUCAAUUAUCUUACAAUCAUAAUGACAAAAUAAAUCAAUUCAACCAACCCAACCAAUUAAAUCACUUAAAUCAUUUAAACCCAAAUAACUUCCCUCAAUUCCAACAAUUCCCACAGAACGUAAACAUGAAUUUACAACACCUUCAAAACCAAAACCAAAACCAAAAUCAAAAAAUCCCUGAUCAAAAUUUCCAAUUUCAAUUUCAAAACAAAAGUCUCACACCCCAAAACAAUCUCAUUAAAAUUUCUUCUCAAAAUCUUCAACUCCAUGAUUUAUCCCCCAAACAAAAUCCGGCUUUUUUCAAUCUUCAAAAUCAAUCUCCUCAAUUUUCUUUAAAAAACUCUCUCCAAAAAUCAAAUCAAAAACCUUCAAAUAAAUCUCCAAAUAAAUCUCCAAAUAAAUCUCUAAAUAAAUCUCUAAAUAAAUCUCUAAAUAAAUCUCUAAAUAAAUCUCUAAAUAAAUCUCUAAAGACAUCUCAAAAGACAUCUCAAAAGACAUCUCAAAAGACAUCUCCAAAUAAAUCUCAAAAGAUAUCUCCUCCAAAAAUCACACAAGAAUCCAUGAAAAAAAACACACCUAUAAAGACCAUAACCUGUGAAAAUGACCCCAACAAAACUUUUCAACCAAAUCUUACUGAAAAAUCUCCCAAUUUAACUAAAAUUCUUGAUAACAAUAACACUAAUGAUAAUAACAAUAAUAACAAUAAUAACAAUAAUAACAAUAAUAACAAUAAUAAUAAUAAUAAUAAUAAUAAUAAUAAUAAUAAUAAUAACGCUGAUAGCACAUCAAAGAAAUCUCCUGAAAAACUUGCAAAAAAAAUCUCCAUUUCUAACUCCAAAAAAAGUCCUGCUGAAAAUUCAACUAAAAAUCCAGCUGAAAAUUCACUCAACUCAAAUGAAGCUAUCAAUCAAUCCCUAAAAAAUGAUCUUGACAAAAAUAUUCAAUUUCAGUUAAAUAGAAAAAAUUCUCAUAAUGAUUUACCCAAAUUAAACAGGAAAAGUUUCUCGGCUUUUUCAACUCUAUCAACUCUUUCAGAAAAAUCAAUCCCCCUGAAAACUACAAAUCAAACCAUCGUAUUCAACCAGUCAAGAAGAUUAAGCCAAUUGAAUCAAUUAUCUAAAGUAAAACGAAAAAAUUCUCUAUCUAGAACAAAUUCACCCAAUAAAAAAUCGUCUUUUAAAAUUUCCCUAAAAAAAUCACAAUCAUCAAAGCAAUCAGAAACCCAUACUUCCUCUAAUCUGCCUCAGAUAUCUCUUGCAUCUUAUGAGCUUCAAAAAAAUCUCAUUCCAAACCAGAAAUCUUCAGAAAUCUCUAACCCUCCUUUAAUAUCUUAUGAAACACCUUUAACUCAAUCGAACAGAGAGUUUCUGCAGCCUGGAUAUUCCCAGCAACAACUUCAACGAACAUCUUCACAGCAGCUCGAUCCUAUACAACAAAACUUUUCAUUUGAACAACUCCCCAACUAUACAUCCUUUGAAAAUUCUCAGCAGUUUUCAUUACAAAAAUCUUUACAACCCCAAGAAACUUUUGAAAACCAAAUCAAAAAUGAAAAAAAUUUAGCUCAAAAUGUGCAGUUUUCAAAUCAAGAAUUUUCUCAACUUGAAAGCAAUUUAUCGUCCAAGUUACCUCAAAAUAUUUCUUUAUCAAUUGAAAAAAAUUCUCGUGAUUUUUCUGAUAAUCUUUUGAACGAAAAUUUAGAUUCACUUUUAUCCGGAAAUUCUCGCCCAUUGCAAGAUCAGGAAAAUCCUCAAAAUCAAGAUCUUGAUAAAAACAUUUCUUCAUUGAAAAAUCAAGAAUAUCCAACAAAAAACUUUCAAAAUAAUGCCGAAAUUAUAUCGCCACAAAUACUCAAAGAGAAUGGUGCUUUGGAUCCAUCUGAGAUUUUGGAAUUAAAUUCUCAACAAUUUUAUCCUCAAAAUUCUCAAACCGAUCAAAAUCAAAUGGCUCCUCAGCUCAAAAAACAAGAUCUGGUUCAGUCUCAAUUUCAAUCCGAUUUUCAGCCUGAUAUAAGUAUGAGCUUGCAAUCAAUAUAUAAUGCAUAUUCCAACAAUCAAUUUCAACUAAAAUUACAGCAACAAGCCACUGCAUCAACAUCAUCUGCUGCAUUAGUAUCAUCUGCUACGCUUAUCAAUCUUUACGUUACCAGACAAAUCCAUACUCAACAAGCUAUCACCAACUAUCUAAAGGUUAUUGAUAUGAUUUCAUCAUUGGAUUCAACGAACUUGGAUUUUAGUAGCCAACUUGAGACAAGUAUAAACGAAAUAAUUAAAAUUUAUUUUGGUAACGAAGGUUGUAUGAAAAUAUCCUUUGUUGAUUAUGAUGAAAGAAAAUCUUAUAAUGUCCCCAAAUAUUUUUUUCACUUUUUUUUUCAAGACAUUUUUCAGGAAAAAGUCAAAAAUUUGAAGUUAGUCUCAAAUCAAAUAAAGCCUCAUUUUCUACCUAAUAAUAAUAUAUAUUUAGAGGUUUCAAAAUUUGAGGUAAUCUUGUACUAUAUAAAUGGCAUGACAUUGAGGUUAAAGGGCUCUUUAAAAUGCUGUUUUAAUUGCUAUUCAAAAAUAGAGUUAGUUGAAUUUUUGACUGAUGAUUAUAAAUAUGACAUGAAUUGGACAUUUUUUGAAAAUUUGAUUCAAGAGAUAUCCGGAAAAAUGAAUAAUGAGGUAUCCUUUACUAAUCCUGCGCUUGAAACAUUAGCUCAUUUAAAAAAGACUCGUUUUGAAAUGGAUUCAUCAAUGAAAUUUGGAAUAUCGAAAAAUCUUCACUAUAAAUUACAAAAUUAUGAUACUUUUUCACUCAUGAGACCAUUAUUUUCUUAUUCUGAAGUUAAUGAUAUCCCUAGUGGCACAGAAGCAUUGGAAAAAUAUAUGGAAUAUAUGAAAACAAAGGGUGAGUAUGAUUACCUAGUUAACGUUAUUUCAAAAAGUAAAGAUCAAGAAUCAACUAAUGGCUUGAAAAGAAAAAACUCUUAUGAUGAUAAAGCAGAUUCCCAGUCCAAACAAAGAAAAACCCAAGCCGUGCUUUCUGAACCUUCAUUUCCCUUGCAAAAUUUUGAAUCACAGGCGCAAAAUCAGGGUGCUCAAAUGGAAAACACCUCAAAUCAACUUCAAUAUCAGUAUCAUCCUCAAGCUCAGGCUCUAGAUAGCUCUCAAUUGCAAUACCAGAAUAAUGUUCAAGAUCAAAAUUUACAAGAAUUGCAAUCUGCUGCAAUGCCUAAAAAUCAACUAUUACAAUACACAAAGUAUAAUUUAAAUAAACACUCGGACUCUAUUUCUCCAAAGCAAGUAGUGCAAGAUCCAAUGAACUAUCCGAUAAAAAUAUCCCCUAAGCGAACAGUCAAAAAUCAGAUGAUUCAUUCAAUUGCCAUUUCACCUAAACAAAUAUUGAAAAAUCAUAUAAACCAUUCAAUUGCUCUUUCUCCUAAACAGGUGGUUAUGGAUUCAAAUAAAUAUCAACCAAAAAGAAACAAACCCCGGAGUAAUACUGAGACGUUAUCUCCAAAGUCGAUUCCACAAAUUGAAAAUGGUGACCUAAUUUCAGAGUCCAGAUCAAAUUUUGAUAGCGAUAAAAAUGACGGGAAUUUAACCAACGACUUUAUUCUUGAUUCAAAUUUUCUUCCAACGUUGGACGUUAACAAGUCCGAAAUAAUAAACAAUAGUAAAAAUAAACUAAAGAUAACAAAACUUCCGGGUGAAAAAUCUUUUCUAAAUGGUUAAUAUCUGCAUUUUUUUAAUAAUGAUAAUUUUUUGGGAAAAAAAUUAAAUGAACUAAAAAAGUUUUAAUAAUAGAGCAAUAUUGAUUGCUUAUAGUGGUUUGGAGUGCAAGAAUAUAAUAUUAAAAUAACAUGAUUUGAAAAAUAUGUCAGAUGUUGAAAAAAAAUCCUAAAAAAAAUAAGGUUAUAGUAACAAAAAACAUUUUAAAAUUAAAUUUAAUAUGCGAGAAAACAAAAAUAAAGGAAAUAUUUUUGUGGGAAUUAAUACAAUUUAGUUUCAAAAGCUGAAUUAGAGCCAGGUUUUUAUUUAACUAUAAAACUCAUAUUGUUGUUUACUAUCGUUAAAACAUAAACAAAAUUCUUAGGGAUACCAAAAAU